AUGAAGGGCCGUGACCUUUAUGACCAUAAGGAGGGCCACUGUGGGAGGUGGCACUGGGCAGCCAGGCGUUUUAAGGCACAGAUCUGCCCGCGGCGGCCGCCCUUAAACCGGAAGCCGAGUGUCCACUGUGCCCGGCCGACAAAUCCUCCUGAAAAGGACGCUGUGCAGGUGCAUGUCGUCCGGCCACCUAUGCACCGACGCGGAAGAAACGGCCUGCCACGACGCAAUACGCCUGCGCUCAUAACCCGCCUCCAGUCCCAGAAGGCAGCGCGGCCGCGAUGCGGGGGCUUAGCGGAAGGGGAGAGGAGGGGCGUGCGGGGAAAGCCGAGCGCGGAUCCCGGUGGACGCCACCUGUCAGUGCUGCAGAAGCUGGUGAACCGACCCCAGCCGGGUCCUCGCUGUCCCCGCCGCCCCAGCCUGCAUCGAGGGCAUGGCCAGCCGCCGCCCAACAUCGAUGAGGACGAUUGUCUUCUCGAGUACUGUCACCUCUUCUGCCCCGUUUUUGUUCCUUUUAGGGACAAAGUGGCCUUUAUCAUUGGCGGGGGCUCCGAGAUUGGCUUCCUUAUUGCUCAGGUCUUUAUGCGGCAUAGCUGCCACAUGGUCAUCGCCAGCAGGAGCCUGCCGAGAGUGUCAACGGCUUCCAAGAAGCUGGUUGCAGCCAAGGGCCAGUGGUGCCUCCCUCUCUCUCUGGAUGUCCAAGAUCCCCCAACCAUCAUAGUUGCAGUGGAUGAGGUGCUGAGGGAGUUUGGGAAAAUGGACAUUCUCGUUAAUGGUGCGGCUGGAAACUUCCCGUGCCCUGCCAGCACCCUGUCCUUCAACGCCUUCAAGACCGUGCUGGACAUCGACGCUGCUGGCACCUUCAACGUGUCCCAUGUGCUCUAUGAAAAGUUCUUCCGGGAUCACGGAGGGGUGAUCGUGAACAUCACUGUGACCCUGGGCAGCUGGGGGCAGGUGCUCCUCAUACAUGCAGGCGCUGCCAAGGCUGCCAUGGAUGCCAUGAUGUGCCACCUGGCUGUGGAGUGGGGACACGGGAACAUCCGUGUCAACAUUUUGGCCCCCGGCCUUAUCAGUGGCACCAAGGGCUUCCAGCAGCUGGGUGGCCCCCAGGCCAGCAGGAUCCUACACUUCCUCAGGAGCCCCCUGCAGAGGGCAGGGAACAAGAUAAUCGCCCAUAGUGCGCUUUUCCUGGCCAGCCCUGCAGCCUUCGUGACAGGAGCUGUGCUGGUUGCCAAUGGUGGCAUGUGGCUGACCUCCCCCAACAACACGGAGAUGCUGGUGGGGUUUCCAUCCUUCCCCACAAAGCUCUAGGUGACUUAUUUCUCCCGCCUUCUGGGGUCCCCUGUCUUUGGCCUUCCUGUGCCCCCCGUGGUAGCCUUCUCUGACUGUCCACAUGGCUGGUGCUGGGCACAAAUACAGUCUUAUCACUGGGCAUGUUUCUGGUUUUGUUCUCAGGUAAUCUCGAGUUUCUACCACCCCAGGGAUCAGGCAGUAUAUGGGAUGCCGCCAGAAGGGUCUUCUUGGGCAGGUGGGUGGCAUGGGAGGGGCCCAACCUGCCAGAGUGGACACAAC